CCACAUGAGCGCCCGGCUCCUGGGCCUGGCGGAGGAGCCCGAGUGGCAGGGCAACCCCAGCAUCUACGUGGCCCUUCGCCUCGCCGACAAGCACGACCUGGCCUUCGAGGCCAAGUACUUGGCAGGGCUCGAGACCGCCAUGCGCACGAGCCUGCACGGGAGCAGCCACUCCAAGCACCAUCAUCAGCGGCACCAGUCGUCAUCCCAGAGCCAAUCGUCCAGCGCCCACGGCCACCACAGGAGCCCCCUGAGGAAGAGCGGGCGGCCCAAGACGGGGCUGCUGGCGCUGUACGCGCUGGCGCAGCGGGCAGCCUGCGAGCCGCUCGACGCCGCGCUGCCCCUGCUGCGGCGCCUCAAGCUCGUGCUCGAGAAGGACUGGCGGGGGUCCUGGCGGCACGGCCACCCCCUCACCAACUACUACCAGUACGGGCUGGGCACGCUGGCCAUGUGCGUGCAGCRCAGGCUGCUCCGGCCGGAGGUGAUCCGCAGGCUGCUGGAGGCGCAGCGCAAGGGCCGGCUGCGCCACGGCGGCGGCAGCGCUGUGGACACGGAGGCCGUGGCGGGCCUGGCCUUCGCCUGCCUGCUCCGGAGCGGGCUGCUCCCUGCCCUGGACUCGGAGCUGCGCGUGGCCGUGCGCAGCGUGAGCACCAAGCUGCUCCGCGCGCACGGCCCCGAYGGCUUCUUCGGCAACGUCUUCAGCACCCCCUUGGCCAUGCAGUUCUUCAUCGCCRCCAACACGUGCAGCUCGGAGCCAGCGUUCAGCCAGGCCAGGAGCAGCCUGCUCAGCAGCCUGCACAACUUCACCAACCCCAUGGCCGUGUCGCAGCUGCUGCCCGUGCUCUACGGCCACAGCUACCUGGAUGUGGCCUCCAUAAGCUGCGAGGGGGAGAAUGACACGCUGCGCCCCGUGCGUCCCACCGCGCCGCCCCUGGGGCUGGGCAGCGUCGCCGUGCGGCUGCUCGUGGAGUGCCCCAAGAAGCUCUGCCGCCACCACGUGCCCUACAACCAUUCCGUGUCUGCGCCCCGCGGCUCCUCGCUCCUGGGCGUGCUGCAGGCGGCCGCCAAGCAGGACAGCCCAGCCUUCACGUUCCAAACCCAGGACAGCCUCCACGGCCCCUUUUUGACCAUGGUGAUGAAAGUGGAAGCCAAGAUGCAAGACCGGAGGUACUGGCAGAUCCUCUCGGCCCCCGACACCAGCCUGCAGAUGGGCAUUGCCGACUACCGGCCUCACGACGGGGAGACCAUCAUCCUGCGGCUGAGCAAGUGGUAGCCGGUGCGGAGGGGCCGC